AGGGGGAAGAGAAAAGGCAGAAGGAAUUAGAGAACAAAUCCACUGGACAAAGUACGAAGCAGUCUGGAAGUCUGGUGUUUCUGAUAUGAUGCAAAGUUGGCUCCGGAUCAGAAUGUAGGCCUGGCACAGAUGUGAAAAUGCCAUUGUCUCACUUAAACAAGCUCUUCUGCAUCCUUCUGCCCUUUCACCUUGUGGAGACUCGGCACUUCCUCCAACCAAACAUCACACUUCUAUUUGACAGCACCACCCACGACAAUCUCUUGCGCAACUGCAGCUGUGCUUCAGAAGUGCGCAGUUGCGACGAGGCUCUUGCCAACCUGUUGUGCAGCUGCGGUAGUGUCUGCCGUUCAUCUUUGGCACCCGGAUCCCUGGAGGCAAAAAAUCUGAUGAUCUGGGCACACCAACCCUGGAUGCUAAAGGAGCUGCUGAAUGGCAGCAGGGUUCUAGAGCUGCAGCUGUCUCUGUGCAGACCUGCUUCACUGCUUGGACCUGCUGAGUAUAUCUCUAUUGUAGAUCUGAGGAAGCUUCAGAUUUCCAUUUCGGGUGUUACAUCCCACAAGGGUGAAAAAGUUUUAAAUCUUGGGCUGAAUGUACAGAAUGGAAGCUCCAGCGUUGCGUUUUUGGACAUGUGGUCUCUGAAUAAUCACUUGAAGGCAUAUAGUGUGGUUGGACCUCCACUGCAGAUGCUUAAGCAGCAUUUCCCCAACCUUGCACAAGCUAACAUUCAGAUGAAAGACGUGGAUGAGAUGCACAAGCCAUCAAUCUUAACUUUUAUUUAUUAGACUGGGUGUUUUUAGACUGUUGCCAUAUUCUGACAGAUGACCUUACACUCAUUAGGGAAUGACAGCAACUAGUAAUGCAAAUAUGAUACAAAUAUAAAAAUUAAAAUGAUCAACUCCUUACAAAUGUAAAAUUAAGGACUGGUGUGAAGCUAGAAAUCAUUGAGCUUAUACAAUGAACCUAUACCUAUAGCUUUCCUGCCUUGAAUGUUUUGGAGACAUAGAGAGGGAGGAGAGAUUUAGAUGGUUUGGGCAUGUGCAAGGGCAGUUGUAGCCUAGCGGUUAAGCUACUGGACUAGUAAGCAGAAGGUUGCUGGUUCAAACCUCGUCACUGCCAGGCUGCCACCGUUGGGCUCUUGAGCAAGGCCCUUAACCUUCAAUUGCUUAGACUGGAAAAUGUAAGUCGCUUUGGAUAAAAGCGUCUGCUAAAUGCUGAAAAUGAAAUGAAUGAAAAUGUGCAGAGGAGGGAAGAGAGUUAUAUCAGGAGAAAAGUGCUGAGGAUGGAUCCCAAGGCAGGAGAAAGAGAGGAAGACCAGAGAGGAGGUUUAUGGAUAUGGUGGAAGAGAUCUUGCCAAUGGUUGAGCGGACAGAGGAGGAUGCUCGAGACAGGCAAAAUAGAAAAGCAUGAUCCGAUGUUGCGAAAAAAGAAGCCCAUUUAUUUUAUGGCCAUAAAAUAACUUUCAUAUACUGUAACUAACCUGCUAAUCUCAACACACCACAACUCUCACACACACCUUAUAAAAGCCCUUUGAACUACCCACAUCGUGUUUUUUUUAUUAUUACAAAGUGUAGUCAGAUUAAUUGCAGUUAGACUUUAAUGGUGUUGUUGAUACUGUAAACAGGCAGUUCCUCAAUCUAGACCCAAUUUCGGGCAAAACACAAAAGGAAUUAGUUCCUCAUUCCUCAUUGUGGCUUAAGAUUGUCACGGAUUAUUUUUAAGGACAAACAUGUUCUGUAUAUUACUGCAAUAAUCCCUCAAUGGUAAUAUACUGUAUAAUCCCACACUAAUGUUUUAAUUCAUGUGAUUAAGCCACAAAAGUUACUAACAGGUGUAAUAAAUCAAUUAUACAGUAUAAAUAUAAUUAUAUGCUUCCAACUUUGCAUCAACAUGGUAAGGAAGACCCUUGCAUGUUCUAGUGUGACCAUUGUAGACUAUGCACAAAGUUAGGUCUAUAGAGACUUGAAAAAACUUGGUUUGAAUAAACUUCAUAGGCCUGCAUAGAGCCCUGACAGACACAUACUAACACCUACUGUUCCAGUGGACUGUGUAUGUCCAUAAUUCCAUUUUUGCACUACAAAAGCUACACUCAAUUAAAACUGCAUAUUUUGGAAACUGCCAAAAUGUCACAAGUCUGCGCUAGUAGGGGAUAUUCUACAAUGUGCUCUAUGCUUUUGAGAGUACCGAUUAACAGCAAUAGUGUUUUGUACAUUCACAGAUUGAAGUAAUUUCAAGAUGUACUUUACACAGUUGUGAAUAGUUUUACAACUACAAAAUGUGUUUCAUGUUUCCAAAAUAAAAACAGCAUUUAUAGAAAAUGUAUUCUAUAAAUUUGUAAUACAGUAGACCCUUGAGUUACGAACGGUUUACCAUACGAACAUUUCGGGUUACGAACGGUUUACCAUAUGAACAUUUCGGGUUACGAACUAUCUUUUUCAACUUAACGUACAAACAAAUUUCGGAAUAUGAACCGAAAUUCGCAAAACACGUGACGUCUUGAAUAAGUUGACUCCGACCGUCUCUCUAUAUAUAUAUACAGUGAGCGAACAUUCGGACAGUGGACGGUGUUUUUUUUUGGUAUUUUCUUUAUAUUUCGUAAAAUUCUAUAUUAACAUGGCCAAAAAGUAGCUGCAGGAAAGCGUUGUUGUGUUGUAUAAUUACUCCUGCCAGUAGGUGUCACUGUGUACCAGACAGAGGGGACAGUGAGUGAGAGAGAAAAAGGAACUCAGAGUAAAGUAGUCUUUCUUUCGUGCAAUUACACCUACAAAAUGCAACACUAUUGAAAUAAAGAAGGAAAUAAUUUAGAAA